AUGGCCGAGGCAGUGGCUGAGGUGGCGCUGGGGGAGUAUGCUGCCGCAGCCGUCUGCAUGAUCCUCGCGGCUCUUGUGCUCCUCUUGGGGUCUCGUCAGCCUCCUCCCUCAGCUCGCACAUGGCGAGAUGGCGACAAGGACGGGAGGAAGGACGAGGGAAGGAUCGAGCGAAGUCAAGGUGGAGCCAAGAAAGCUGACGUGCCGCUGGUUCGCGAGCAUGGGAGGAGCCUCAUGCCGCGACCCUCUGCCAGCAUGCCAGCGUUAAGCUCGUCGAGGAGCAUGCGCUCAAGCUGGCGGUCGGGACUCGCUCAGGAGGAGGAGGACGUGGGAGCGGCGAGCUUCUUCGAGGAGAUGCUCAAAUGCCUGGGGUUCGAAGACGCCGGCGACCAUGGCUUCGGCUUCUCCGUCAGCUCCAAAUCUCGUCCCCUUCCUGCGGAUUUUCCUCUGGUAGAAAAGAUCCGAUCCGACCUGAUCGCCUCCUCCUCCCUCGCCAACGGCGAUCGGAUCUUGAUGGUGGACUCGCGCAACGUCGCCGGCAUGCGCGCCAAGGAGGUGAAGAGCCUCAUCAACCAGUCGGACUUCAGGAUCAGCCUGUUGGUCAAGGGGAACGAGGGAGGAAGAGGACAAGUCGAGAGGCAGGUGGUUCUCUACCGAGGGAGGGUCGGAGUGCUCAGAGCUUUCUUCACCAACUACAUGCUGAAACACACGAGCAGGUUCCAAUCUACACCCAUGGGACAGGAGAUCGCUCAGGUCUUCCGUCUCUUCAUGACUCUAUCAGAUCAAGUAGCAUCCGCGGACGAGCUUGUCUCCCUCCUCCAGCACAGCAUCUCGGCCCGCCCCAAGGGAUCGAUCCAGAAGUCCAUCCUGUCUCUCUUCAAGGUCCUCGUCGUCUAUCAGGCGACCGAGUGCCUGCAUGCCUCCAGCGUGGACGUGAGCCCGAUGAAGGAGAGUGACCGAAUCUUUUCCUCCAACUUUUCCACCAGCAACGGGGACGCGACCGACGCCUCUCCUCUUCGCAUGUCGAUGUUGGAGCUCCAGAGGUCCCAGGUGACGGACAACCUGCGUAAGGAGAUGGAGAGGCUGCAGGAGGAAGCUGGCGCGAGGGAGGCUCAGCUAGAGGCCACGCGCAAGGAAGUACAGCGGCUGGCCGAGGAGUUGAACAAGGCAAAAGGCCUCGUUGCGGCCUUGCAAGCAGAGGAUCAGGAUGGGGCACACAGACAGGCAAGACAACAGGAAGAGGAGAGGACUAGGUUGAGGCUAGAUGAUCUUGAGAGCGCGAUCAACGAGUUCGCUACCUGGUCGGAAGAUUUCCGCUGCCGUCAGUUUGCGAUGAUACAAGACCUGCUGGUCACUCGGGGUCAAGAUCGUAACGCAGAGGAGCCAUCGAACCCACAGGACGAGCGAGAUGGAGUCCCUUCGCUUGCCACCCGUAGCCAUGAGGCAGAGCUCCUCGACCUCUGCAGACGGAGCUUGGCGGAGAUGUGCGAGUCCAUGAGGGGGAGGAGGGAGGAGGGAGAGGAGGGAGACGUGCUGCUGGAGAUAGGCUUCCUCCUCCAGGAGCUUCAGUUCACCUUGGAGGAGCUGCAGGGCAGCGCGUGGGCAGCGGAGGACCUCCGGCUUUUCCUGGGCGAGACUUUGGAGGCGUUGAUGACUGCGCACACCAAGUCGUUGAACUUCAUGUCGAGGUCAGACUUCAUCCUCUCCAAGUUGAAGUUCUACAGGAGGAGGAGGAGCGCGUCUCUCCAUCGGAUGCAACAGACGCCCGCCCCCGGCAUCCUGCACAGCCGCUCCAUCAGCGAGAUCGAUCGGUCGCCCGCGUGCCUGCUGGAGGAGAUUCCGAGCGAUGAGCGAAGGUCUUCCACCGAGUUCUCGCAGGAGGGGGAGGACAGCCUCGUCGAAGUCCUUGAGAAACUCUUGACAAGCAUCAGCAGCGACAACGAUGCGCAGAGCGAGAACGGUCUGCCUCCCCCGGAGACCUCCCAGGCCUCGAUGUUCUCAUCCUCUCAGACGAGCGCUGGAGAGGGGAGGGGGGGCAACGACACGGGUGGGGAGGAUCAAAUCGAGACUCUCCGUCGCAAGGUUCUCGCCAUGGAGCAGAUGAUUCACUUCAGGGAGUCCUCCUACAACUUGCUCCUGCACUUCUGCUCGAGAGAGCUCAGAUUUCUCCUUGGAGUCCCUUCCUCUCCCUCCUCCCCGUCCCCCUCCCCCUCCUCCUCUCCCUCCCCUGCUCCAUCACUGUCACCUUCUCUCGUGGAGUACGAUCCCAGUCAUCCGACUGAGUUUCCGGGGAAGAAAGCUCUAGAAGACAUGUUCGAAGUUCUCAAGAGGCGAGGAAACCUGAUACCUGGGCAUCAGAUCUAG